CUACAUUCUGAGUUGCAUCACCAAGCAUUCACCUUAGUACAGAAUUCUAAUGGUGUGGCGUAUAUUGGGUGGGAUUGCCACCUCUCUCCUCUUUUCAGCCUUCGAAUCAUGGCUUGUUGCUGAACACAACAAGAGAGGUUUUGAGCAACAAUGGCUAUCAAUUACAUUCUCUAAGGCAAUAUUUCUUGGGAAUGGACUGGUUGCCAUUUUAGCUGGUUUAUUUGGAAAUCUUUUAGUUGGUUCAUUGGCCAUGGGACCUAUUGCUCCAUUUGAUGCAGCUUCAAUCUUUCUUGCCAUUGGAAUGGCCAUCAUCAUAUCAUCAUGGACUAAAAAUUAUGGUGACUCAUCAGAAAGCAAAGAUCUAAUGACACAAUUCAGGGGUGCUGCUAUUGCAAUUGCAUCAGAUGAAAAGAUAGCAUUAUUGGGUGCAAUACAAUCUUUAUUCGAGGGUUCAAUGUACACUUUCGUGUUUCUUUGGACACCUGCUUUAAGCCCAAAUGGUGAAGACAUUCCACAUGGUUUCAUUUUUGCUACUUUCAUGUUAUCUUCCAUGUUAGGAAGCUCUUUAGCUUCUCGGUUAUUAGCACACACACUAACAUACAUUGAUAUUGUGUUGUGUUGUGCUCACACACUGUUAAAAGGAUUGGAAAAGAUAAUUGCAAGUGCAGAUAUUCCAAUGUUCGUCUGUGGUGACUUCAAUUCAGUUCCAAGAAGUGAUGGAAUGAAGGAAUCCAUCAGUGUCAUAAAGGAAGAAGUACUUGGACUAAUCAACACCUUACGUAAUGAGUUUCGUGAGAAGAUAGCCGCGUUAGGAGUUGAAGUAAAAUUGUGCAAGGUAGCAAUAGCCGGAGGAGUCAUGGAGAAAACGUUGCCACGCACGGAAACACCUAAACCAUUGAUGUAUGGAGGUAAACGCGACCCUAAAGAACUUGAUGAUUUCUUUUGGUCGAUGGAAUGCUAA